GAGGGCGCCCCUGAGCCGCGGUGCUCAAGUGACGAUGCCGCCUCCCACCACGAGAGAAGAGAACAGGCUGAGCGAACGCUUCCAGAGCUCUGCCUCUCUCCUCACUUCACUCCCCCCGUUUGCUCGUCAAAGUGCUCGAGAGCUCCGACGUCGCGUCUCAUGUACCUUGUGGCCGCGCUUAGAUAGCCCCCGACACGCCGAGCUUCCCGCGUGGAGCCGGGGCUGGUGUCACCGGGCCUCGGCCAACCGAGACGACAAUGCUUGGGGACAGGCGGUGGUACGUCGCGGGCUUGCUGUUGCUCCCCCUCGGUCUCAUCAUCGUAGCUGCUGGCAGCUCAGCAGAAGCCUCCCAGAGUCGGGAAGAAGAUGCGCAGGGGAUCCCUGCCAGGCAACUCGAUGUUGGAGAGGUGGUGUUCAUCAUCCGGAGUCAGAGCAACUCCUUCCACACCGGGCGAGCGGAGAAACGGCGAGAGGAUUUGAUCCGGCAGGCGCGUGCUCGCUCAGAGAACCCUCCGGCGGUUUUGCUCCUUCACACUUUAUCCGACAACGAGGGGGACUGGAGCGUCCUCCCUCUGCUGCCUUAUUUGUCUCGCACCUUCGGGAAGAAUUCCUCGUGGAUGGUGUUUCUGGAAGAGGAGACGGGCGUCAAGACGGCGAGGCUCGUCGAAGCGCUCGCAAAGUUUGAUGAGAAGAAAGAAUGGUUCCUGGGGAAGCCGCUCCACGACGACGAGUCCACCAUCAUCCAUCACUACGCCUUUGCCGACAACCCUUCUGUCUUUCAAUACCCCGACUUCUCUGCCGCGUGGGCCUUAAGCAUCCCCUUGGUGGUCCGACUCGCCAACAAAGUCCGAGAGGAGCCCCUGAAAUCGGACUUCACCAUUGACCUGAAACACGAGGUGGCCUUGUACAUUUGGGACAACGGCAAGGGUCCCCAUCUGACCGCCGUGCCCGAGCUGUGCACGGAACCCCAAGAUUCCCCGAGGGCCGAGCCGUGCGCCACCGCGCUCCACCUCCAGCCUCCGCCCUGCGGGGAGCCGGUCAGUCAGGACAACAUCUUUGUCGCUGUGAAAACCUGCAAGAAGUUUCACAAUGAAAGGGUUCCCGUCAUCAAGAAGACUUGGGAGAGCGACGCCGUCCAUCUGGAGUACUACAGCGACCACGCCGACGCUUCCAUACCCACCGUGGAUCUGGGGGUCCCCAACACGGAGAGAGGCCACUGCGGCAAAACCUUCGCCAUCCUCAAGAGAUUCGUCAGCGGCGACGUCCCCGACGCAGAGUGGCUCCUCGUCGUGGACGACGACACGCUGAUCAGCCUCCCCAGACUGCGAUCGUUGCUCAGCUGCUACCGACCGUCGGAAGCCGUGUAUCUGGGCGAGCGCUACGGCUACGGCCUCAGCCAGGGAGGCUACAGCUACGUCACGGGAGGCGGCGGCAUGGUGUUCAGUCGGGAGGCAGUGGCGCGACUCUUGCAAAGCGGCUGCAAGUGUUACAGCGACGACGCGCCGGACGACAUGGUGCUGGGAAUGUGCCUCAACGCUCUGGGCAUCCCCGCCACCCACAGUCCACUUUUCCAUCAGGCUCGCCCGGAGGACUACUCGGCCGACUUGCUUGCUCACCAGGUGCCCAUUUCUUUCCACAAACACUGGAACAUCGACCCCGUGGUCGUUUUUAACAAAUGGCUGAGGGACGGCCACCAUAAAAGCUCGGCUGACAAUAAAAGCGCCAAGACGGAGCUGUGAAAUCCAA